ACCACUUGGACACUAUCUGCUGAAACCACUUCAAGUUCAGCUUCAGUACCAACACGGCCAAGAGACAGUACAAGAAGUCUGAUGACGUCUCAGACCCCAUCUCCUGAAACCACCUCAAGAUCAACAGGACUACCAGAGAGUUCGAGUAGUCUGCUGACAGCAACGUCAAGGACACCACCUUCUGAAACCACUUCUCCUGAAACCACCUCAAGUGCACCUCCUGCGGCCACAGCUACACCGGAUUCUUCAUCAUCUUCAACUAGCCUCCCAAAAGCAGCCACUUGGACACUAUCUGCUGAAACCACGUCUCGGACACCAUCUCCUGAAACCACCUCAAGUGCACCUCCUGCGGCCACAGCUACACCGGAUUCUUCAUCAAGUCUCCCAAGUGCAACCUAUGGGAAACUAUCUGCUGAAACCACUUCAAGUUCAGCGUCCGGAGCAACAGAGCCAAGAGAGAGUACAAGAAGUCUGAUAACAUCUAGGACACCAUCUUCUGAUAUCACUACAAGUGCACGUUCAGGAUCAACAGCACCACCAGACAGUUCAAGAAGUGCACCUCCUGCAGCCACAGCUACACCGGAUUCUUCAUCAAGUUCAACUAGCCUCCCAAAAGCAACCACUUGGACACUAUCUGCUGAAACCACUUCAAGUUCAGCUUCAAGUGCACCUCCUGCAGCAACAGCUACACCAGAUUCUUCAUCAAGUCUCCCAAGUGCAACCUAUGGGACACUCUCUGCUGAAACCACUUCAAGUUCAGCUUCAGGAUGCACAUUCAGGAUCAACAGCGCCAUUAGACAGUUCAAUACACGUUCAGGAUCAACAACGCCAUCAGACAGUUCCAGAAGUUUGCUAACAACCCCAGAUUCUUCAUCAAGUCUCCCAAGUGCAACCAAUGGGACACUA